AUGACUACCCGCGCUUUCUUCACUACAAAUGCUGCUUUCCGCUCAGCGCUUCGACAACCCCUCACUGCUCGAUUCGGGAAAACAGGGAAUCAACAGUCCAGGACAUAUUCCAACGGCUUUCGACGAGGAAGCGGCUACCAAUACUCGCGAUUCCAGCAAGCAAGUGGACUGCUGCAGAAAUGGAGUGCCAGACCCACCUUCUACUACGAAGCUGGAGGCAUUGCCACCGCUGUUGGUGGUUUCUACGCGUACAACACAGAAGUUGUUCCCGUUUCAGGUCGCAGGCGCUUCAACGUUAUAUCCGCAGAUCAGGAACGCCAGUCCGGACAAGAUCUAUAUCAGCAAGUCAUGUCCGAGUAUCAAGACAGGAUCUUGCCGCCCUCACACCCUCAGCACAAACUUGUUCAACAGGUUCUGAACCGUCUGAUCCCGCACUCUGGACUCCCUGCAGAGACCAACAACUGGGAAGUUCAUGUCAUAAAGGACGAGCAAAAGAACGCUUUCGUGAUUCCCGGAGGCAAAGUGUUUGUUUUCUCCGGAAUUUUAGACGUGUGUCAAGGAGAGGCCGGAUUGGCAGCAGUAUUGGGACAUGAGAUUGCGCAUAACGUAGCUCAUCACUCUGCGGAGCGACUGAGUUCCUAUGCUAUCUUCCUUCCGCUCGCGUACAUAGCGGCAUUUGUGCUUGACGCUGGCGAUCUCGGGAAUGUGGCCACGAGGAUGAUUGUGGAUUUCGCUUUCCUGAGGCCGGGUAGUAGGAAGCAGGAGUCCGAGGCUGACUAUAUUGGGCUGAUGAUGAUGUCGCAAGCUUGCUACGAUCCGACAGCAGCAGUAGGACUGUGGUCGCGCAUGCACGAAGCAGAGCAAGGCGCCCCACCUCAGUUUCUGUCGACACAUCCUUCAAGUCACAACCGUAUGGAAAAGAUACAGUCGUGGUUGGGCGACGCUGAGCUGAAGAGAGAGGAAAGCGGUUGCGGCCAGUUAUCUGAUCAUGUUGGUCAAUUCCGCGACGCCUUUUCGGGUCGCUGGUCCUAG